AUGAACCGCCUCGCUCAGUUUCAGGCGGUGUGUGGCUUUAGCUUGCUUGGCGGCGUGCCGGUGCCAGGAUCGGACGCGUUGGGCUUUGCGAAGGUCACCGUCACCGAGCCCCCGUCGGAGCAGAGCGUGGAAGCGGCGCAGGCGUUGCAGGAGUUCUACAAGUUAGUGGGCGACAUAGAUGGAGCCAUCGACCGCAUCAUGACGCUGACGCAGGAGAUUGCCGCCAAGCAUUCGGCGAUCCUGAGUAAUGUUGAUGUGGUGAAGAGUGACUCCAUGCGGCAAGAUGUGGAGGAGCUGACAAACCAAAUCAAUGCCUCAGCGCAGGCCGCCUCUCAAACUCUCGGGGCGAUGAAGGCGGAGACAGACAAACUAAAGUUGACCCCUGAAAUGGAGAGUCAGUUUGUUGGUGUGAUACGUAUUGAGGAAAACCAGCGGCGGUACAUGUUGCAUAGGCUGAGCGAGGCGAUGGAGGCGUACCAGCGACAGCAGAAUUUGGUAGGGGCGCAAUACCGCACACGGACCGAGCGGCACAUAAAGAUCAAGUACACCAACCCCGAUGGCACAGCGAUAGACGAUGAGACGGCGAAGGAGCUUGCCCAGGCAGUGCUGGAGAGUAACCUUACAAAUAGCAUUUUUCAGCAGAGUAAAGACGUCUUGGCUCAGGUCAUCGAGACAAGGAAUGAUAUCUAUCACAUUGAGCAGUCGAUGCGUUACCUUAACCAACUCUUCAACGAUUUAGCAUUUCUCGUGCAUGAGCAGGGGGAGAUUAUGGAUGUGAUUCUGAAGAACAUUGAGUGCACAACCCAAUUUGUUGAGGCUGGCCGAAAGGAGAUGAGAAAGGCACGCAAGUAUAAAAAACGCAGUCGACGAAAAAUUUGUUGUAUGGUGAUAGUACUGGCAGUCGUUGUGGCCUUGUUUGUGUUUGCAGCUGUUUUGGGAAAACUACUGUAG